GGCGUCUCACGUGUCUCGCACAUCAUGCUGGUGUCAGGGUUUUUCGAGCUGAGAUGGACGUUCGCGAACUUUUGUGGAUUAGUUGGAGUUGAAGGAAGCUAGGCCUGAGUAGAUUGUAGAGGUUCUGUAUUUGAGGCCCGCAAUUUGAGAAGACCAGCACCAUCCCUUUAAGGUCACCACCAGGACCACCUGGACUUGGUUUUGUGGCCACCUGAGGUUGGGAACCGUGGUGUAAGGCCUUUCAGUGGAAGUUGGGUACAGGAUUUGCAUUGAGUCAAACAUUUUGGUUCAGAUAAAUCAACUGUGCCCUGAGAUUGGGUUUUUGGCAUGAGUGAACUAACACCAGAAGAGAUUCGCCAACGAAGAUUGGCCCGCCUUGGAGUAUCAGCCUCUUCAUCACCCUCUAAUGAAUCAGCAACUGUAGCAGAGAAACAGGAAGAGUCUUUCACCAAAACUAGGGUAUCUGAAGAGUCAUGUGAACAUGAACUCCCUGGCAAUAAGAAGCACAGAUCAGAAGAUGUUCCAUCACUUCCCCCAACACCAAGCUCAUCUCAGGAAAUUGGGAUGGAAAUUUCAAGCCUUCCCCGGUUAGGAAGUGCAACCAGGCGGCUCACAAUUACAGAACCGACAGCAAUGGAAACAGAGGAGGUGAGUCAAGACCAAUGGAAGCAAUCGGAGGACACAAAGGUAUCUUUGCCUGACAACGAUUCAGGUAUUGAAACAAUGGAGGUUGAAGAAGCUUCUUACCCAGCUCAGGACAAAAUUGGGAUGGAAGAAGUGCAGGAGCUUCUUUGCACAGUUUUAAAAGUCACACUCAAGGAAGAUCAAGAAGCAGAUGAUGGGACGAGUGUCGCCUGCUCGCGUCCUUACCUCCGAGAGACAGCUGCAUCGUUGGCUCAGACAUACCCCUCAAAUGGAGGAGUCUUGGAUCUCGUUAAGUGUGCAGUCAAUGAAGGAAUUAUAGAACUGUUGGGAAUGGUCAGGCAUGGAGAAUCCACAUGUGAUGUGCACCUUCCUGAAGGUGAACCAGAUGUAAACGGGUUGAUUCUUGAGCAUUUAAAGACAGAUGAAGGUUGGGCAUCACGUCUUCUUCUUCAGUGCCUCAUUCAGACUUACCUCCAGACCAAGAUACCCUUGGUUCGUUCUGACCUCCUCAAGAUCUGGAAGAAGAAUGGUGAGCUGCUAGAUGUAGCCCUGAGGGAAGUUCGUGCACAAUGUUCCCGACAUGCUUUGCUGCUGAUUCUCGGGAAGAGCCUAGUUCCUGGACCACCCUGUCACGGACUCAUUCUCCAGUAUCUCUUUGCUGGCUGUCUCCCCAAUGGUUUUCUCCUGGAUCUCCUGUCUUGUGCUCAGGAAGAGGGUCUUGAAACCAGGGCUGCCCUCAUCAAUCCCAUUCUGGAUCAUAUCUUGGACAUGGUGCAAGGCUCUGCCUUGCAAUCAAAGACAUUUGAGCAGCCUCUUCGCCUCCUUCAGGAACUCUGUGAAAUCUCAGUAAAUGUUCGUGGAAAGAAGGUCUUUCCCUUCUGCUCUCAGCUGGUUUUCCUGAAGAAUUGGGACCCAGAGCCGUUGACAGAAGGAGCUAGAGGAAGAGAAUUGGCUUUUCUCUCUUACAUGGGAGGAUUCUUGAAUCUCUCUCCUUUCCUGGAAGAUGAUUCUCGUGUGGCUGAUCAUUUUUUCCCAACGACUGCUUCGCCUGAUCGAGUUCGUGUUGCCGUCCCCUCCAUCCGUGCUACCCUUGCCUCAUUGAGACUGCACCUCCCAAAAGUGUUUCGGUGCCUAUUGGUGAAUGGUGAAUCUCGACAGCGAACUCUGGAUUACAUGGCCAAGAUUGUUUCCCGGAAUGAAAAGAGGGCACAGCUACAGGUUGAUGAAUCAGCUGUAGCUGGUGAUGGAUUUAUGCUCAACUUCCUCUCUGUGAUGCAUUAUCUUGUCACCAAGGUCCCCUUGGAGAAAGUGGAUAUAUAUUAUCCAUUUCAUCCCAAGUCUCACCUGGAUAUUAAGAAUGCAACGAGGCUCAAAGCCACAUCUCAAGAAGCUUCUACCUGGCUGGAUCAAUUGGAGAAGAAUGUCAGCCACCAGUGGAAGGAUCCUAACUUCAAUAGCAUUUGCUGGUUUCUUACCCUUCACACACUACAUAUCUCCAUUGUCCCUACUUGUCGGCAUUAUCAACGUCGCUUGAGGAAUCUCAGGGAAAUCAAGAAGAUGUUGGAGGAUCUACAGAACACAGAAGAGCAAUGGAAGGACACGCCCUUGGCUGCCCGUCACAGGACAAUGAUGAAACGCUUCUCACAUCAAGUCAAGAAGCUGUAUCGCAGCAAGGCAUGUUCAGAAGCAGCUAUCUUGGAUCCUGAUUUGCUGGGCUCCUGCAUGUCCUUCUAUUCGCGGGUGGCUGUGUAUCUUCUGAAGCUGGUCAGAGAGAAAGGAGAGAGUACAGUUGAUCCCAGUCUACCACUCCCAUCUCAGGUCCCAUUCCUGUUUGCUGCCUUGCCCGAGUGGUACAUUGAAGAUAUUGCUGAAUUCCUUCUCUUCGUUGUCAACUCAGAAUUCUAUGACAAGUUCACGAUCCGAUACUACAUCAGUAUGAUCUUCAAGAGCAUUUGGGACAUGCGCAAUCAUCAUGAUGCAAUGGUGCGUGAAUCUAAUUCAGGAAAGCAGUUUGUGAAGUUUAUCAACAUGCUUAUCAAUGAUAUGACCUUCCUGUUGGAUGAGAGCUUGGAUUCAUUGAAACGUAUCCAUGAGGUCCAAGAAGCUAUGCAGAAUCCUAGCUGGAAAGAUGAGUCCCACGAGAACCAGCAGGUUCAGGUCCGCCAGCUGGAAUCCGAUGAACGUCACUGCCGAUCUUACCUCACAUUGGCACGAGAGACUGUGGACAUGUUCCACUAUCUGACUGUCGAGAUCAAGGAGCCCUUCCUUCGACCUGAGCUCGUUGAUCGUCUUGCUGCUAUGCUCAACUGCAACUUGCAACAACUCUGUGGGCCCAAGUGCAAAAAUUUGCGGGUGAAAAAUCCUGAUAAGUAUGGAUGGGAGCCACGAAAACUCCUGGAUCAACUGACUGAUAUCUACCUUCACCUCGACUCAGAUGCCUUCGUCCGUGCUCUUGCCAAUGAUGAGCGUUCAUUUAGUCGAGAGCUGUUUGAAAUUGGAAUUGCUCGAAUGAAGUCGGCUUGUAUCAAGCCCAGCACACAGAUUGAGCAUUUCCAAAACCUUGUUGAGCGAGCCAUUCAGCUCCAAACUCUCAAGAGGAAGCAGGAAGUGGAUUACAGUGAUGCACCAGACGAUUUCAAAGAUCCACUGAUGGAUACCCUGAUGACAGACCCAGUGCGGGUUCCAACCAGUAAUACAGUGAUGGAUAGAUCUGUGAUCUCUCGCCACCUCCUCAAUUCCUCCACUGAUCCAUUCAGCAGGCAACACCUCACUGAGGACAUGCUCAUCCCAGAGCCUGAGCUGAAGAUGCGCAUUGAGGCAUGGUUGAAGAAAAAGACCAAGAAGGUGUCGAGUGAAUCUGAAGAGGUGCAAGAUGAUUAAAGCUACUGAGGGUCUCUGAUAUCUGUAGGCAUCCAUGACAAAGAGAAGAGGAUUUUUUUUUUCUUCCUCAAAACAGUCUAUUAAAUGAGGGAAUCUGACUCCUCUCUUUCUCAUAAGAUUUCAGAUGGUACUGUGAGCCUACUCUUAUACUUCUUGAGAUAGCCUGUGCUGCACCCUGUGGCUCUUGUAGAGUGAAAUAUAUUUUAUUCUCAACAAUGUCAAAA